AUGGCUAGCGGUAAUCCGUGGGAGAUAGGCGAAGCCGAAUAUGCCAAUAACAGCAGAAUCUUCCAAGUUCUCACGUCGGGAAGUCGGCUCAUGGACAGCAACACGGCGAGAAACGCGUUGCUCAAGUCCAAUUUGCCUCCGGCUGUUCUAGCGCAGGUUAAAAAUUAUUUUAGAUAUGGUGGACUAAAGAGCUUUUUCUGAACAUGGGUAGAAGUUUUUCAAGGAUCUCGUAUCAAUUUUCAACCAAAGCUGCUGAAUAAUUUAUAAUUAUUCACUGAAGUUACUUCCAUUCUCUCAAGUCCGAUUCAGCGAAACGUAUAAUAAAAUGAUUAUUAUGGUAUGUCUAAACCCUAAUUCGUUGGAAUUCGGCUCGAGCAGUAUGACAUCCUUUUAAGGUCUAUUUGGCGCCAGCUUGUCCGCGCCGAAAGAAUGUAUAAAUCGUGAGAAACUGGCGCGGAUUGGGCUCUAACUAGGACUAGACAAAGUUGAAAUGAGAAAAAAUCUGAACAAUAGAAAAUCUGCAUCAAAACUCUCAUAUUUACAGAUUUGGGUAUUAUCCGACCUCGAUAAAGAUGGAAGUCUGGACGUGCGAGAAUAUUCCAUCGCCAUGCGGCUGGCCCUAAAUUGCAUCGCUGGAAUUCCCUUGCCGCCACAGCUUCCACCGUCUCUUCUAGUUGUACGCCUACAUUUCUAAUAAAUAAGAAAUAUAAUAAUUCUAGGUACCUUCCCCCAUGUCUUCUGCAAACGGCAUGGGUUUCCCGCAGAACAAUGGACUCACUCAACAAAGUGAAUACUUGGAAAAUUUAUUAGAAAAAAUCGUUGAAGAGUUCUCAUAAGUUUGCAUGACUUCAAAUAACACUAAGAACGGUUCUUAUUUUUCCAAAGCUUUGUGCAAUCCAUUCGUUAUUUUUGGAGAUUUCAUCAAAGGUUUUAGACUCUGAGAAUCAUAAAAAAAAGUGGAAUUUAAGCGAUGAAACAAUACUUUUCAGCCCCGCCUAUGAUGGGAAGUUACAGUUUGCCGAUGAGUGCUCCGCCACAACCGCCUAUGGCACCCCGUAAUACUCACAAUAAAUUGCUAUAACUUUUGAAUUCUCAGAAAUGUCACAAACCCCAGAAAGAGGGAUUUUCGAUGGAAGGCAGUGUGAAAACUGGACGAUUCCGCACAGCAACAAAUUGAAAUACUGCCAGAACUUCAAUCAACUUGAUAAAGUCAGUUUAUUAUUGUUUUUUCUCUCUCUUUGAGGUUUUAUUUUUUACAUUAAUUCAAAAUUCGAGCGUGGGAAAUCAUUUUGAAAAAGCAAAAAUCAUAGGGUUUUAUUUUUUCUUUGUUGAUUUUUCCCUAGUUGGUUUUUUAUAGCUUUGCCUAUAGUUCGUUCACCGCGGCCCUGAGAGUAUAGUUAAUUAGGGUCUCGACACGAUCAACUUGAAAGUGUGCAAAAAUAUGACUUUUUACAGGAAAGUGGGAAGAAACAUUCAAGGUUUCCAAAAACUGUUUCUGAAAGACUGAAAAAAUUUUCGUCAUGAUGCCUUUUUUUUUGACCUUUCAUCGGUCUAUGAAAAAGCUUCUUGCCGCUUUUCCCAUCCUCCUAACUUUCUUGAGGCUUUGAAAUUUUUGAAAAAAGGAUAGACUCGUUAAAACAGCAAAAGGAUCCGUUUAGCGACUUUUUUCGCGAAAAAUUUCGACACUUUUGGCCAGAAUGGCUGUACGAUUUUCUCUUGGCUAUAUGUGAAUGGACUGUAUAUGCAUCGUUUACAACCCUUUUUUUGGAUUUUCUACUAUUUUUCAUAGAUAAAACUUCAAGAGAUUGAGUUUUCUUCAGCAACGCCUAGGAUGGCUCUCCAGCCAGGCAGCCAGAAGCGCCUUGGGUCUGACUGGCCUUUCCACGCCGGCUCUUGCCCACAUUUGGUUCCUUUCCGAUGUCAACCGCGACGGGAAACUUUCUGUCGACGAGUACUGCAUCGCGAUGCAGAUGAUCGAUAUGUUCAAGGUUUUCCUCUUCCAGUCCAAUUUUCAAACCGACCCUUGGAAUUUUAAGGCCGGAAAUGCUCUUCCGAAAACAACUCCGCCAGAGUUGGCUCAAAUGUGCGGCGUUUCGAGAUCUGCCAACAACACUCCGGAAAUCGAUCCAAGUAUUUAUUGAUUAAUUUUUCUUUCAAGGAAGUUGCUUUUUAGAUGCCCCUCCGGCCCAGAAAAGUCCAGCCUUGAAAACGUUUGAAGACAAGCGAAUGGACAAUUUCGCCAAAGGACAAGCCGAACUGGAAAGACGGCGGCAAAUUCUGAUGGAAGAGGUUUUUUUUGAUAAGGAUUCAUGAAAAUACUCGGAGAUAACUUCAAAUUCUAGGCUUUUGUGAGUUUUUAAUACUUGGGGUAGAGAUUUUUUUCGCCAUACGAUGGUUCCAUCUUGGAAGUUUAAAAAAAGGUCGCUUGCUCAUUAAUUGAUGUAGAGCAGAGAUAAGAAGAAUAGAAAAAGCAUUUCAAAAAAUUUUUGUAAGAUAUUCAAUCGAAAUAUCACUCCUGCCUCACUUUCUGGCCAAUUCUUUCGAUUUUGAACUUUUUAGCGACGAAAUUAAUUUGUUUGAAGCAGAUUUUUGUGCUUUAUUGAAUAACCUUGUCUCUGGAAUGAAAUUAAAAUUGUAGGAGAACAGAAGACGUGCUGAAAUCGAGAAAAGGGAGCGUGAAGAAGAGGCUCGACGAGAACGGGAACGGCUGGAGAAAGAGCGCCAGUGGGAGCUUCAGAGACAAGAAGAACUUGGUGAAUUUCUGGAUUUUUUCCUUUUUUGUAAAAGGAGCAUUCAUCAGAAAGACUCCGCGUAUUGGAGAAAGCCAGGGAAGAGGAAGAACGGAAAAGACAAGCAGAACGGGAGAAAAUGCGGGAAGAAGAGGAGGAGCAGAGAAAAGUUGCGAUGGAGAAACAGAAACUCAAACAGCUUCAGGUCGUUUUGACUGUAUUAAGGCAUGCUGGAAAGUGCGCGCUGUGCGCACUCUUUUCUCGUGCGCACGUAAGGAAAAAUGCGCACUCUUUUUUUCAAAUUUUGUACAGGAAAUUGCGCUCUUUUCUAACAUCAGGAAAAAUGCGCACGGUUAUCAAAUUGCGCUUUUUUUUCUAGAUUGAAGUCCACAUAAACCAUCUCACUUUUUUCUCUUUGUCAUGAAGAAAUCUUUUCAGCUAAAGAUGAAUUGAACAUCUUUUUGAUUAUUUGAUAAUUUAUGGAGAAUAUUUCUUAUCAGGAAUGGUCUGCGGUCACUUCGGAAUGA